AUGUCAACUGGCACUUUGUUUGUCCUCGACUCGCGUACCGGCUUCAAGUACGACAUUCCCAUCCAUCGGAAUGCAGUUCGCGCCCUUGAUUUACAGCGCAUCCGAGCGCCAGACGGCACAGCUCAUCCAGCAGACCAGAUCUCGCGUGGUCUUCGCGUCUUUGACCCCGGAUUACAGAACACUGCUGUGCAGGAAUCUGCUAUCAGCUUUUCGUUGGCAAUUCCAUGCUUCCAUACCACUCCUCCCACUACUAAUCAAAUGCCUAGGGACCAUGACCAGAAUUCUUUAAUAUUUCGGGGGUACAGCCUGGAGCAGCUAUGGGAGGCUGAUUUCGAACACAUGUUUCAUCUUUUGAUGUGGGGGACAUAUCCUUCGGAAACUCAACGGACAGAGCUGAGCCGGAAGCUGGCGCAACACAUGAAAGAUAUUCCAAACGCCGUCCAUGACGCUAUUCAUCUGUUCCCCAAGUCCACCUUGCCGUUGCCGCUGAUCCUCGCCGGCCUCUCUGCAUAUCUGGCUUCUGUGCCCGAUGUGAUGCCCACCUCAACACACGCGACUAUCUACCAAGAGAAUCUGGAGCGUGGCGAUCAAAUUAUCCUUCAAACAGUUGCCUGUUACGCCGUCGUUUUCGCCGUAGUCAGAUGUCAUCGCAAUGACAUUCAGUACCAACCUCCUUCACUUGACCGAACAUACUUCGAGAACCUCUUCAUCAUGGCCGGACUAACUGAUUCAACCACUCAACAGCCCGAUGAAGUCAAGCUGUCAUGCUAUCGUCGAUUCUCACUUCUCAAUGCAGACCACGGAAUGGCGCUCUCGGUUUUCUCCGCUCUCGCAACCGCCUCGUCUCUCACGGAUCCAAUAUCUUGCUUGAUCGCAGCCAUCACAGCUGCUCAUGGUCCACUACAUUUCGGUGCCGCCGAGUCUGCCCAGCGCGCACUGAAAGAAAUCGGGAAUCCAGACAACGUAUCCGCAUUUUUGGACGAAGUGAAAGUAGGGAAACGAAAACUCUUCGGAUACGGGCAUCGGGAGUACAAGGGAGUUGACCCACGCGUCGCCUUCAUCCAAAAGAUCCUGAAAGACCUACCUGUGAACACAAACUCACUCUUUAAAAUCGCCAAGUCGAUCGAAGUAGCCGCUAGCAAGGACGAAUAUUUUCUUUCGCGUUAUCUCUACCCCAAUGCAGAUUUCUAUGGCAACUUUGUCUUCACGGCUAUCGGUAUCGAGUCAGAGAUGAUUCCCGCCGCUAUGCUGAGCCAUCGCAUCAUGGGGAUUAUGGCACAUUGGAGAGAGUACAUGGUGGCACGUGGUAAACUUCUUCGACCGUCGCAUAUCUAUUCGGGUAAAAUGGCGACCAACGAAGCACCUUCUGCGAGGAUGUGA